AUGACGAAAAAGGACGAAAAAGGACGACUAAGGACGAAACGGUCCAAGACGAACGAAAAGGACGAAGGGAUCGAAAAAGAACGAAAAGGACAACAAGGAUGUAAGAUUACGAAAAGGACGAAAAAGGACGAAAAAAGACGAAACAGGUCGAAAAGAACGAAGAGGAUGAAAAUUUAUGAGAAGGACGAAAAGGACGACAAGGAUGAAAAAUUACGAGAAGGACGAAAAAGGACGAACAGUUCGAAAAGGACGAAAAAGACGAAUAUAUCGAAAAGGACUAAAAUGGUCGAAAGGGACGAAAAAGGACGACAAAGGACGACAAGGUGGGAAAAGGACAAGAAAGGACGAAAAAGGACGAUAAGGUCGAAAAGGACGAAAAGAACGAAAAAGGACGGAAAGGACGAAAGAGCUAGCUGCAGCAAUAGCAACAGGAAGCACCUCCUGAGUUUAGCCUCCGAAUACAUUAAACACCUCCAAUGCCAAAAUCGCCAAUAA